CAGCAGCGAGCGAGCGGCGGCGGCUUCUUCUUCAGUGUCGGCGUCGAGUUGCAGCGGGCGCGGAUCAUGAGCAGCGGCGGUCUCUGCAAGGCGCUCCCUCUGGCCGGCCUCCUGGCGGGGCUCUGGCUCCUCGCCUGCCCAGGAUGCCAGGCGAAGGUCCAGGUGUCUAUGGUAGCCGAGAUGGAGGUGGUUAUGGGCCAGCAGGUGCCCAUUUUCUGCCCUUACACGGGGGUGGAAGAGCAGGAUUACCCCCUGGUGGAAUGGUUCACUAUGGACAAGACAAGGAGCAAGCAGCUGCGUGUGGCCUACAACGACAAGGGCAAGGUAGGAGUGGACAGAGGAACGGAGUAUACGGAACGGGUCUUCAUGGAUGCCAACAACAGCCUGGUCAUCACUGCCAUCGACGUGAAUGACGAGAAGUUGUUCUCCUGCCAAGUGACCAGCGGUUUCGGAAGUGACACUGGGAGGACCCAACUCAAGGUCUUCGAUCCACCCGAACCCCCUGAGCUCACGCAGAACUCCGGGACCCUCUCUGUCACUGCUGAUGUUGCUUUGGAGAUAGCUAUGUGCACGGGGAAAAAUGGCUACCCCGCGCCAACCGUCAGCUGGUACAAAGAUGGGCAGUUUCUGAAUAUUACCACCGAACACAACAAAGAGAUCUACGAGGUGGUGAGGACAGUGAAGGAAGCCUCGGGACUAUAUUCCAGAUCCAGCGUGCUCUACAUGCGUCCCAAAAAAGCAGACAAAAACUCCGUUUUCCAAUGCAAACUCAGCUACAAGAUGCCAAACGGGAUGGUCAGCACGGAGGAAUCGCAACCUUUCAAUCUCACGUUGCAUUAUUAUACCGAAAACGUGCAGUUUGCCUUGGAUUCGCCAAAAGUCAUCAAGGAAGGAGACGACGUGAAGCUGCAGUGCCAGGGCGACGGGUUCCCCCAACCCGAAUAUUCAUUCUCCAAAGUGCAGAGUGCCAAUCAACUGUUGGAUCUGCCCACCACCACGGAUGGUGUCCUCCUGCUUCCACAAGUGACCAAGGCUGACAGUGGGACCUACCGCUGUCACGUCCUGGAUUUCUAUAGUCCUUCCGAGGUGGAACUGGAGAAGGACGUCAGCAUCUUCAUCCAUUAUCUGGAUCCCCUGGUCCUUAAUCCAACCAAGACAGUGAGAGUCAACCGAAGCGAAGACCUUCAGUUGACCUGUUCCGGCAAUGGCUCCAAUAUACCCACCUUGUCAUGGAGGAAGGGAAGGCAACAGGUGGGGACUGGUGAGACUCUGUCGCUGGAAGGACUGACAUACUCCAUGGCGGGCACUUACUUCUGCGAGGCAUCCGUGCCCAGCAUCUCCGGACUGAAGCGGAACGAGUCAGUCCAAGUUAUUGUAGAAGGAAAGCCAGAGAUAGACAUUCAGCAAACCAUCAUCCAAGAGCUGGAACAGACAGUGAAGCUCACCUGUACCGUUUUCGGCCAUCCUCAGCCAGAAAUCAGAUGGAGCAUACCUGGCGGGAAGGCUCCCGUAAAACACUCGGCAAAUAAAUAUAUUGCUGAAUUGUUAGUGGAAUUGACCCCCAAACUGAUCCAAAGCGGAGUUCAGUGCACCGCCGAGAACAAGUAUGGCUCAGCCAAAAGGAACUUUGAGCUGAAAAUGGUAACUCCGACACUCUCUGUCACUUCGAAGCCGGCUUCGGAGGAGGACCAGGGUCAAACCGGAAGCACGAUGGCGGUGAUUGCGGUGUGCGUGUGCGUCCUUGUCCUGCUCCUGAUCGUGGGCUUCUUCUACUUCAUGCAACGCCGGGGCCACCUGCCCUGCAGCCGGGGAGAGAAAAGAUCGCUGACCCCCAAGGAAGGGACUCCGGAUAACACCGUGGUGGAGAUGAGGGCCGACAGGCGGAACGAACAGACGGGGUUGCUGAAUCCUGGAGGCGGCGGCGGUGGAGGAGGAGGAAGGGGGACGAAUGAGUGCUGAGCAGAGGGACGGCUGGACCAGUCUUCUUCCAGGGGAGGCCCCUUCCCUUUCUGUAUCACCCACAAUCGAUGGAGAAGAUGCCGGAGAGGAUCCCGCCAGGGCAUGACAGCCCCCCCACUUUCCCCCCCCCCACGACUUCCUUCCCUUCCCCCCUCCCUCCUUCCCUCCCUGUGGGGGGCAGGGGGGCUUCCUUCUCAACCUAGACUUUCUGGCCGGAGGCGUUGUGAUGCCAAAGGGGGGGGGGUGGGACAGGGUGGGGGGAGAGCUAUUCUGCCACUACUACUUCUUCCUCCUUUAAAAAUACCACGUUUUGCGGGGGUGAUGUUUCUUUUGGGAUUUUUUUUGUUUUUUAAAAAAAGGAACUGACAGUUAUCUGGACCCGACAUUCCGUUUUUAGCCUCCAGCGUUUCCGAAAUAAAGCCGCCCACAGACCCAUUGAGGUCAGGGGGGACAAACCAACA